AUGGCUAUGCCCCAGAUUAGUCCCGCCGAACAGGCAAAAUUACAAAUGAUGCAAGAAAUGGAAAUUGAAAUGAUGUCCGAUUUAUAUAAUCGCAUGACAAAUGCUUGUCACAAAAAAUGUAUACCACCACGUUAUGGAGAAGCUGAAUUGGGCAAAGGUGAAAUGGUUUGCAUUGAUCGUUGUGUUGCUAAGUAUUUGGAUAUUCACGAAAAGAUUGGCAAAAAACUUACCGCCAUGUCUAUACAAGAUGAAGAACUAAUGAAGAAAAUGUCCAAUUAAAUUUAGUUGUAAACAUAUUUCUUUUUUGUUCAUUAAUUUAAUAUUAAAAUAUAAUAUAAUCGUUUUGUUUUUUUUUUUUUCUAAACUGUA